AUGGCAUCAUACGAGAAAGAAUAUUAUCACAGAGAAACUGAUAGAUCUAAUCAUAGGGAAUCUGAACCCAGAAGACGGCAUUAUAAUAGUGUAGACCGCAAAGAGGAAUGGGGAAAAGGAAGAAGUUACCAUAACAGCGAGUCUUUAUUUGAACAGCGAAAACGAACGCGCAAAGAAAGUACUUUUUCUAUCUGGCCACUAUCUCCUGAAUAUCAAAGCAGAUUAGGACGGCUCUCUUCAUUUAUCGAAAAACGCUCACAUAGUAUCAGUGAUUCUGAGGCUUCAUCUGACUUAUCAGAUCAUGAAAGUGUGUAUCAGUCAUUUAUUUUGAAUAAAUCAUCUAAAUCUCGCAAAAAACGUGAACGUUCUGUCAGUUUAAGUGCAGAUUCUUCUGCCAGCGAAAACGAUUCUUCGAGUGAGAUUAAGAAUAAAAGUCGUAGGAAAUCUAAUGAACUUAUAGAAAUUGAUGAAAAAGAUAUAGAAAAAUUAAAUGAUCUUUGGGUUGAAAAAAAAGUUGAAUUACCUGAAGAUUUGUUGAAUGUAGGCCCUAUGCCUAUAUCAGUAACUGACACAAAAUUGGGUGAGCGAGACUAUGGUGGUGCUUUGUUAGCGGGUGAAGGUUCAGCUAUGGCUGCAUAUGUCCAGGAAGGCAAACGUAUUCCACGUCGUGGUGAAAUAGGCCUUACAAGUAAUGAAAUUCAAUCAUUUGAAGAUGUUGGUUAUGUCAUGAGUGGUAGUCGACAUCGACGUAUGAACGCUGUACGUAUUCGUAAAGAAAACCAGGUUAUUUCUGCAGAAGAGAAACGUGCUUUAUUGUUAUUCAAUCAAGAAGAGAAAGCAAAGAAAGAGAACAAGAUUAUAUCAGAUUUCAGAGAAUUAGUUGCAGAACAAAUGAGAGGAAAGCAAUAA